AUGGCGCCGGCCACCACUACCAGCAGCUCGUCUCUCCGUGGUUGGAUGUAUGAGGAGAGAAUGUCGGCUUCCAUGUUAGAAAAAUGGGCCACAUUUUAUGAUUUCGCGGUAGCUGAUAUGAAGAGUAAGGGCAAUGUGAAGAUGUGUUGUCCAUGUGACAGAUGUCGUAACACAGUGAUGCACCUGCUAGUGGAUGUUGAGAUGCACGUAAUGGCAAAUGGAUUCGUAGAAGGUUAUUUUUGCUGGACUUCUCACGGUGAGGUUGCGGUAGAAGUGGAUAGUGGCUUUGAAGAAGAACACAUAGAGUUCGACCAAAGUGGUGAAGAAUAUCGUGGUGACGACGCCAUGGAUGAAGAAACACCGGUCGAUGAAGCUCCGCGUGGUCGGAUGGGUGAAAUGCUAGAUGACGUGCACUUACAGAAUCAACUGAAGGACCCCGACAAUGCCACAGAUGAGAAGAAGUUCCAGAAGCUAGUCGAGGACGCAAACACACCAGUGUAUGACAAUGCCGGCAUCAACAAUAAUGUCCUAGAAGUGACACUUGAACUUCUUAGGAUAAAGGCAAAAUCUGGGCUUUCUGACAAGGGCUUCACGGAGAUGUUGAGUUACCUUGCUACAGUCUUUCCAGAGAGCAACAAAUUGCCUAAGAGCACAUACGAGGCGAAGAAGAUUACCUGCCCGCUUGGAUUAGACGUUGUGAAAUAUCAUGCAUGUCCACUGGACUGCAUUGUAUACACGGGACCGCACAAAAACAAGGACAAAUGCCCAAUAUGUGGUACUUCACGGUACAAGAAGAAAGAUGGCAAUCACGACGAAGUCGAUGAGGAAGAAGUGAGUAAAGGUCGGCCGGCGAAGAUCGUCUGGUAUCUUCCGAUGGGUAGUCGGUUUGAGCGUUGGUUUCAGAACUUGAAGGGUGCGGUGAGACUGGUCUAUCAUGAUCCGAGUGAGAAGAUGUACGAUCCAGAUGGAGAGUAA